AUGUCGCCGACGCCGACGCCGCUCGUCGCGCUCGUCGCGCUCGUCGCGCUGUGCCUCGCGUGCGCGGCGCUCGCCGGCGCGUUGGCGCUCGGCGUCGCGAUCGGCGCGCGCUCGAGCCGGCGCGAACGGAGCGAGCUCGCGAGCGUCGUGCGACAGUUGAGCGACGAGACGGCGAGCGGGAGCGUCGUCGCGAACGGACGCACGCUGCGACGAUUGAUCGGACACCUGCCGAAGUGGAUCAAGUACGCGGACGUCGACAGGGUGCCGUGGUUGAAUAAGGCGGCGAGACAGAUGUGGCCGUCGCUGGAUAAGGCGAUCGCGGUGUCCGUCGUGGAGGCGCUGGAACCGACGUUGAACGAUUUGGCGAAAUCGACGGGCAUGUCGAUGAAUUUUAAAAAGUUUACGUGUGGAGUGGAGCCGCCGAUAUUGGCGAGCGUCAAGGUGAGCACGGAGAGCGAGGGUGAGGUGAUUCUCGAUAUCGAGUUCAAGUGGGCGGCGAAGGAUGCGAGCAUAGUGUUGGACGUGUCGACGCUGGGCAUCAAGUUGCCGAUAGAGAUGAACAACGUGGAGGCGUACGGGACGUUUCGAUUGGUUUUUGGUCCACUCGUGCCUUGGUGGCCGUCGUUUAGCGCGUUGAAACUUGCAUUCGUGGACAAGCCGGCGAUCGAUUUUUCGCUAAAGCUCGUAGGUGGCGAUAUCACAGCCGUUCCGUUGGUCGCUUCGAUGUUGCGCGAUUUGAUCAAGAACCAGCUCGUAGAUUUGAUGGUCUGGCCCGCGCGUCUGUGGUGCGCGGUGUCGGAUUGGCAGCCUGAUGAAGUUGCGCACAACAGUGGCUUGCUCCGCGUCACCGUCCAUAGCGCGAGCCAGUUGCCGGGGAGGUUGGGGAUGCCGCCGAAAGCGGCGGUCGAGGUUAGCUUGACCCAACGCGCGGACGUAAAGCGGUCUACGACGAUUAAGCGAGGCUCAGACCCGAUUUGGGAGGAGACGUUCGAGUUUACCGUUACGGAUAUUCACAGUGCAAAACUUCGUCUCAACGUCAUCGAUACUCGCGUGACGGUGGGAUCCACUAUUCGAGCGCCGAGCGCGCUGUUGAAUCGGAGUAACACACGAGGCAUGAGUUCUAAGUACGACGGCGAGCAGCUGCGAGCGAAUAAACCGAGCAUCGGUUCGGCCAUGUGUGAUGUUUCUUUGUGCCACGACACGCCAUUACAGACAGUUGCACUGCAAGUACCGUUGGUAAGGGCUAAGGAUAUGACGGCGCUCAGUCUCGCAGUGGCACCGUUGUUGUACGGCGCUGGCUUGGCGAAACGCGCGCUCUCUAUUCCGACCGGUGGUGGGUCAUCGCCCAGGGCAUCCGGGCCGCACGGGUUCAACGCUCCUGACGGCCCGACAAUUAACAUCUCAGUUUCGUAUCAUCCAUUCAAGAAAAGGGAACAACCUCACGGGGAAGCCGCGGCGCAUCCACCGAAGACCGUGCCCGCGACUACAAUGGUUUCUGCGGAAACUGACAACAAAAUGAUGAUGGAACAGUUUUCUGGUGUGUUGUACGUGCGACUGUUGCGCGGCGAGAAUUUAGCCGGCGUUGGCGAGGCACCCGACCCCUUCGUGAAGAUGCGCAUGAACCGACAAAAGCGGAAGAGCAGUACCAAGUUUAACACGCGUCAACCGGUCUGGGAAGAAGAGUUUGAGUUCAUCAUCGGCGAGCAAGAGCUCGAAAACUCGAAUAAUAUCCUGCUCGAAGUAUGGGAUCGCGACGCAUUCGGUGUGAAGACAUCGCUCGGCCAUCUCGAACUUGACACACGAGCCGUCCUGUCUCGUUGCACGCUCAUCGGCACGCCCGUGGAGGAGGUCUUCGAGCUCACGAACACGCCGUCUGGCUCGUUGACGUUUGAGUUCGAGUUUCUUUCCGUGUUACUGCACCCUGAAGUCAAGGGAGAUGUCGCUGAGCGGGUUGCCGAGGAAAAAGCGCGCGAGAAGAAGACUGAAAGGAAGCCAAGCACGUUGAGCAGAAUGACUAGCAGAAUGUUUUCGAGAAAGAAGAAGGGAUUGAUCGAAAAGAAGCCUUCUCGUGAGGACGUCACCACUUACGGGAGUCCGAUAGUCAAGCAAGUUCGUUCGACGCCAGUACCGAGACACGUCGAAACAGCUGACUCACCACUCGUCGUCUCUCCUCGGUCUCCGACGAAGAAGCAUGCACGAACGCGUUCAAAGUUGGGCGGUACGCCAACAGACAUUCUGCAGGAACAACCACACGCGGCACCACAGGCGACACCACAGGUGACGGUGGUGCCGGGCAAAAAACCUGGAGUGAUCAACAACGUCGGGAAGAGGGUUCGUUCAGUGGCGAGAUCCACUGGUCGCGCGCUCUCCGUGAAGAAGGCUGAUGAAGGGGGCAACAUACCCGUGAAGAAAGAAGCUGGCAUUUUGUCGCCGCGUCGUCAACCGACCAGGGCCUCAGAAAUCGUGCCCGGUUUGGAGUGGCGACAAAAGGGUAUCGCGGAGUUGCACGUUGAAAAGACGACCACCGUUGCAGCGUUCGAAACACCGCAGCGAUCGAUGCACAAGCGAUCGGUAAGCGUGCCAGAUUUCGCCACGCCAACGCUCGAUGAAGAAUUGGCCCCGGCGGUGGCGUGGCCAGAAUAG